AUGCUAAAAACCGUUAUCCAUGCGGCACAAGUUCGCGUAACAGCGUCACCUCCACCAACGCACCAGGAGAAGUUUCACAUCGGUGACAAUUACGACCAAUGGGUUACUACAUACCCGUUGAGUCCAUUUCCUAGGAGGAAAUUGUGGAUCAUUACUCUUUGUCUUUUUUUCUUCACAUCCAUUGUUUUAUGGACGUAUUAUAAGUUAUCAUCGACAGGGUAUCCUGUGCUGUGUACUGUAUGUGCACAAUUAAAUGCCGGUGGAUGGACCAAAUGCGGUUCUGAUGGUUCGCCGUCAGACGCGCCUCGUUCGCAUCGUUCAGCCAUUAUAAUCCCUUACAGAGACCGGUUCAAUGAGUUGCAGCAAUUCAUCCCACAUUUGAAACGGUUCCUCGAUGCGCAACAUGUGGCACAUACUUUUUACGUCGUCAACCAAGUAGAUAACUUCAGGUUUAACAGAGCAGCCUUGUUGAAUGUUGGCGCACUGGAAUCGUCCAGGUUGGAAUCACAAGGCGUUGCAGUGGAUUACGUUACACAAAUUGAGGACUCCAUCCCGAGCGAAUCAAAGCGUCUAUGUCCCCCACCGACGGACUAUCUCGUUUUUCAUGACGUCGAUCUGUUGCCCAUGGACAAGGCGCUUCAGUACUCUUGGCCGUCCGCCACAGGACCAUACCAUCUCAUUCCAAAGUGGCUACAUCCACGGUAUAAACGCCUGAAGACCUACUUUGGAGGUGCUGUUAUCCUUCGGCGGGAAAUCUUCAAUCGACUGAAUGGGUUCUCUAACUCAUUUUGGGGUUGGGGUUUAGAGGAUGACGAAUUUCGCCUGCGAGUUUUACGUUCUGGUCUAAAGAUUUCUAAUCCUGUUGGAGUCGUGCUCGGAAUGAAUGCUUUCCGUAUCAUCCACGACGAAAAGAAGCAUUUCCGGGACACAGCUACUUAUUAUCACCCCGAGAUUAGAAAUAUCCUUUCCUCUGGUAAUGGCGGCCUCAACACAGCCAAUUACACACUUGAAUCAAAGCAUUUGCUUAUUAUCGACGGUGUGCCUGCCUUACUGCUCAACGUGAAGUUAAAAUGCAAUAUGAAUGCUGAGAUAUGUGGCGCGUAGUUUCCGAUUACCUUGUGUGCAUCGCGGUAAAUUUAAACCGAACUCCCAUAUUUGAGCCAUUUUACCUGUUUCGUGCAAUAUAACACCUUUCAACACAAA